AACAUCAUCUUGCAGACAAAACGGAGGUUAACAUCCGCCUCGGCGUAGGCCUCAACUCCAGCCACAUCGUCGAAGGUGCGGACGUCUACAUGGAGUGCUCGGUGCUCACUGCUUCCAAGGUCAUCGAGGUCAUCUGGCGUCAUGAGGGAACGCGAAUGAAGGGACUCGCUGGCGACGGUGGUUUGUCCGAUGCCUUGGUCACGUCUCGCUACCUGGUAAUCCGAGGGGUGACCGCCGACCAGUCCGGACGUUACACUUGCACGGCCAACACCGCUGACGGCGAGAGCGUGGAGAGCGUUCCGCUGGAGCUCCGUGUCAGACACGCGCCACGUUGCGGCGUCCAUCGAGACAGGGUCCUGACGGCGAGUCCCAACGAGCAACUGAACGUGACCUGCGACGUGAGCGCUGAUCCCGGCGAAGGGUUGCACUUCUUUUGGAUUGCCGAGGACGACGCCGGCAAUAGGCGUCACGUGACGCGGACAGAGGGCACUAGCAUUGGAAUCCAGGACGUCUACUCAGGAGAAGAACUUCCGGAACUCAGGAGGUCGAAUCAGCUGGAAGUUCUGGUCGACGCGCACUUGUUUCACGGCAAGCUGCUCUGCUGGGCGAGGAACGCCGUGGGCACGCAGCGAGAGCCUUGUAGACACCGGUUCCAGUUGCGGCGUGAGCGAGCAUCCAGCCUGGACUGCACUGUCGGGAACUACACAGACACUUCCUUCUCGAUCACGUGGGCGAGGGCCGCGGAGUGA